AUGCAAAACGAUGUGAUUCGCUUCAGCAAUGAAGACGUCGAUUUGGAGAAUUUUGCAUCUUUGAAUCUUGGAUACAUAAAAAUAUACAUGAAUGCAUCCAAGGACGGUAAACAUACAGAGAUAUCUCUUUCUAAGGAAGACGGUGACUUCUUGUACAUAGUUACGAAUGUUUAUAAUGCGAAUUAUUGCGAAUAUUUCAAACAGACUCCUGCAUCCAAUGCAGUGAAUCGUGUUGAAGAAUGUAGCGAAAUCAAGUCAAGCAAUCCAAAGAAGAUGAAACAAUCCACGCUUUUUGAUUUUAUGAAAAAGUAA